AUGGACGAUGCGCCAACAACCCCGGCUGGUCUCGGCCAGCAGAAACGACCCCGCGUUGCGGAGGAAAACCGCAAGCGUGCUGUUCGAGCAUGCGACGGGUGCCGUCGCGUGAAGGAGAAAUGCGAGGGUGGCGUGCCCUGUCGGCGAUGUCUGCGCUACCGUCGGCAAUGCGUCUUCACACACCCCGACCAUGCGGAGAAGAUCGCACGAUCCUCCUCGAUAUCUCUUCUGGAACGAACGGCAGGGGUUAGUCGGAAUAAUCUGGCGGACUCGGAACGGAUCCGGUACAUGGAGCAAAUCCUACAACAUUACAUCCCAAAUAUUUCGUUCGACCUGCAGUCGCUUCGAAAGACGGCUGAAGAGCUGAAACACAGACAUCGGGGGUCCGACUCGGACGGCGGCCCCUCUAUUCGCCUGGACGAGGAGGAUUUCGAGGACCUAGCGAUUGACGAUGAAGAUUUUACGAUCAAAGCUCUCCCGGAUAAUACGACUCAAUACUCAGGGGAGUUUUCCUACCUGAAUUUCUCCAUGAAGAUUCGACAGAAGAUUGAUGAAUGGAUGAAAACAGCGGCCCCAGAGGCCACUACCGAAACAGAACUAUUUGAGGAGCGAUGGCGAGCGACGCAGCUUCAGUCGGGCUCGUCGCUCGUGUCCGCAUCCAUCACCUGUCUUCCGCCACGCUUUGUGGCCGAUUUCCUAGUCCAGAUAUUCUUCAAAUAUGCGCAGACGAAUAAUUUCUACGUCGAGGAAGACUGGCUGCGGGACAAAUUGAACAUAUGCUAUACCAACCCCUCAAGCCUUUCCUCGAACGACGCGGGCUCUGUCUGCUCUCUACUGAUGGUCCUGGCCGUCGGAACACAGUUUGCGCAUAUGGAAUCUGCUACUCCAGUCAAUCGUCUAUCGUCCGACAUGGCGAUAAUGGAAGACCAUCACUUCUCGGAAGAUGAAGUUGGUCUGACCUUCUAUCAGUUCGCGUCCAAACUACUCCCAGAUAUCAUUGCUACCGCUUCGAUACGGAGCGUACAGGCGUGUCUACUUAUUGGAACGUAUCUGCUGCCGCUCGAUACCUCGGGUCUCUGUUACACCUAUUUUGGCUUGGCUCUCAAAAUGGCCAUCCAAAACGGCAUGCACCGGAAGUAUCUGGGAGAGGGCGUUUCUCCUCGGAUGAUUGAAGUGCGCAAUAGAGUUUUCUGGACUGCAUAUACGAUUGAAAAGAGAGUCAGCAUUCUUCACGGAAGACCGGUUUCUCUGUCGGAUUCUGACGUGGAUGCCGCUAUGCCUGUCGAUUUUCCGGCUUUGAAGCCUCCUGGACAGGUCUCCAACCAUACCAACAUGAUCACUCUGAUUACGCUGACGCUGAAACUGGGAGAAGUGGCCAAUGAAAUCUCCAUUUUGCGAAAAUCUAGCAAAGGCCAACAGCAAGACUGCCUCGAGAGAAUGUUGACUAUAAGGAAAAACCUAGUCGACUGGUGGUCUUCAUUGCCCGAAGAGACCGAUUGUCGGGAUCUCAACCCGUCUGGCCCCUUAUUCCGUUCAAAUCUGCAUCUGAAGCUGGAUUACUGUUUGACCAGAAUCUUCCUUGGACGCCCAUUCUUAUUCAGCAGUUUGAGGGGUGUCAACCUAAGCACAUUGCUUGGACCAAAUUACAAGCUGCCUUCAGGUGUCGCCAAAAACCGUACCAUUCUAGUCACCGAUUGCGUGGAAGCGGCCCUGGAGAUUAUCGACCUCUGCCGUCUCCUCCGUGAUGAGAGUGGCCUCGCCCGCGCAUCGUUCACCGAAUUCAGCUCAUGUCGUGCUGCCCUUCUUGUGAUCCUGGCGCAGAGCUUAACCAAGCGCACUGAGCGACUUCGGGAGGCGCUUGAGAAGGGCAUGGCGUUGAUCAAGAUCAUGUCGAUGGGUGUCGGUUCCGCACGGUCUGCUGUCAGCGUGAUCGAGGCUCUCGAAAGAGCCAUUCGUCGCUUGGAAGAGUGGAGCGAACGGCAAGCUCCCGGGAGCACAGGGGCAGCCGAGUCUGCAUAUGACCGCUUCAAAAACUGGGAAAUGCUAUGGAAGACGGGUCCUAUAUCACCCGAAACGGUGCCAUACCAAGAGCCGUUCCCUCCCGGAAGAGGUGGUCUGCCACACGUGCCCGUUACGCCAAUGACGGGCACAUCUGGUGGGAAUGAUCCGAUGGAAGGAGAUGUGGCCAAUACGGACAUCACCGGCUCAUCGGGCUUCACAUCUCAUCCUACGUUAUCUGAAAUGCCGCCGUUCGGAUUCGAUCAUUUCGUCUCGAACCUCCCGCAGGAAUUAGGGGAAUUUAACGCGAUCCCUUGUUUUGAGACGGAUGUGCAGCAGGGGCUUACCGGUGAUAUGAAGAAUUCGGAUACGAGAUGGAUGCAGUUCAUGAAUGAUUGA